AUGCCGGAGGAGAAUUCCAACACUGUGCCGUUGCUUAGUGAUAUUGACGUCACACUCUUAUCAGAGGAGGAACUGUCGAGGUUACGAGACGUAUUUGAGAGGCAAUGGGUUCUGCACGAAAUCAACGCCAAAAGAAAAAGGUAAAAUAUAUACAACUUAUAUUAUUUCAUCCGGAAGGUCAGAUUGAUAAAAAUGCCUCGAGGAGGCAUCUUUUUGUUACUAUCGUUGUUAUUGUUGUCGUUUUGUUGAUGAGCCGCGUUUUGCCACUUGAGAUGUAUCAUUGGAACGUUCUACCAUCUACGCUCCUCUGACCACCGUAAACGUCUCUUAAAGCCACUUAUCCCAGCCUGUAUUUUUCUCUUAUUUAUUAUUUAAUCCUAUGUUGCUAUCUGAUAAAUGUAAACAUUAUAUAAAGUGUGAUUAAGCAACUGAACUGAACUCUCAUUUUCCGUCAUCAAUCAAGGACAAAUGAGUUUUAAUGGCAUCAACCGUUCUGAAAUCUCUGUAAAUAGCUUGUCAUGUUUGCCGCUGAUUUUGAAAGCAUAUAAAAUAUGAUCUUUAAGUUAAUCUUGAAGUGAAUUACACGAACACUUUUGGAGACAAAACUAGGUAUUCUUACCACUUACACAAACCAUCAGGUUGAAGUUCUCGUGCACAAUCAUUUUACAACUGAAUUUAAGCUCUUUGAAGAAGUACCCGUUACGAAGUAAAUCCAAAUCAGCUUGAACUGACUGACUAAGAAAGUAGGAAAACUGGAUGCAUUCCACGACAGCCCCUCCCCCUGGAAGAGAGUGCUCCCUCAGAGUAGCCUCUACCGGAAGGGUCCGCCCGAAAGGGGUACCUUUUAUGGCCUUGGUGUACAUGAAGUACCGAUUUUACUAGUAAGGAAGUAAAGGAGGAAGGAAGUAUAUUAUAUGAGAGGGUCGAGAAACCUGCUAUUCUCUCUGUAAAAAGGCAAAUCCAUUUCAUGACUGAGAGGAAAAGGAGAAAACGUUAUGGUUUUGUGAUUUAUCAUGAAUGAGAAACAAAGGAAAAGGAAAGAAAAAUGUUUAAUGUUAUGGUUUUGUUUUGCAUUUAUUCAAAAAUAUUUUAAAGAAAGAGACAUUUACAGCAGUUGUAAAAACUCCGGCGCGUCGUAUUUUCAACUCUUUCUCGGUGUUUCAUCUGGUGAUGAAACAAAGUUCUAAACUAGGUAUGUGAAAGGGGUACCAUUUGUCAAUAGAGGGUAUGCUCUCAUUUUCUGUCAAAAAUGGUCAGUAAAAGGGUAAGGGGUUGGAUCUGGCGGCGGAGCCCUCCCGUUUUAAACUUUGUUGAGUACUAUACGAUCCCGGGAACAGCCCAUAUUCUCUGAUCCAAUAUAUCGGAAAAUUUGGCUUCCUUGUGUAAACAGCAUGUACCCUAGGUGUCAAUCCUAGCGUAAAAGAGAGUAGUGUCCACUUUUUAAAGAGUUCGUAAAUAAAGAACAGCAGGGCCGAAUCUAUCUAAGUGUCAUUUUAAUGGAAAGCACUGAGAAUUCACUGAUCAAUGACUUUUAAAUCUCCUUACUAGAAAACUCGAGCAAGAAAUCAAGGAACUUGAAGAGAAAAUCGAUCAAAGAUCUCGCAGUUUGCACAGGAAAAAUAUCGCACAGAGCUGCAAUAUCUGUUUGAAAGUUAAAGUGGCAUCAAUAUCGGCACUCGUCUGUGAAAGCUGCAGUAAAAAGACGUGUUCAAGAUGCGGGAAAAGAGAUGAAGUAUGAUUUAUAUCCUAAUAUUGGUGAUCUUGAUAUAUAGUCUUAAACCUUAAGGCAUUAGAGAUCUUUGGCGCAUUCAUAGACUAGAGGCCUGACUAGUAGUUUUUAAAGAGGAUUUUUAUUUUUGACAGGGCAAGUGGAGGUGUGAUUUAUGCUUGAAGAAACGAGCAAGCCUUAUCUUAACAGGCGCAUGGUACAGUGAUGUUGAGUUGUGUGAAAGAUUCCAGGUUCAAGUGAUGCUUAAUAAGAUUGCUGAAGAAUUUGUGAGGCGAACGGAAGUGGUGUGUAUACGAAUAUGUUUAAGGACACUUCUUUUGAUUUUCCGUAACUUGUUGCAGGCCUUCAGAUCGUGCGGACGGCGCGAAGAGGUGUGAGCUGGAAAAUCCGUACUCUUACUUCGCGCCGCGCUCCACUCUCUGAACGCCUGGAACAGGCUAGAUCUUCCGCUGUAAUACAUUGAUGAGGGUUUUAUCCAAUGAGGCGGAUAACUCCUCCAAGAUCUAAAUCAACAUAAUUGUUCAUAUCAUGCACGAAAGCCGAAUCCAAUGAUUGGUUUAAAGUUUCACUCCUCGAGUGGUUGUUUUUUCCUGAUCUUCACUGUGUUUGUGAGGCAGGAGUUAGCCUAUUUUGUCUUCAUAUAACUUAUAAAAUCUUCCGCCGUUUUCCUCGACUCUACAAUUAUCACAAAACAGCUGAGUCUGAGUCACCUGCCGAUAUCAAUUCACUGUAUUGAUAUGGCGGGGUUCCAAUGCAAUUUCCAGGACAUAAUGCAUGGCGUUAUCAGUUAUCGCAAAUUGGCUUAUCUUAGGGCGGUUACCAAAGAUCAGAACUGACUGGCUGGACCUGUUAUCUCUUGAAAAUGAAAUGGGCUGUUUUCGAUUGUUUUCGCCAAAGACUCGUAAAUCAUGACUAUAUUUAGGAGUAAACUGUUCUGGCUGACCUUAGAUAAGUAAUAAAUCAUCAGAGCUUUCAUGGCAUAGCUUUAUUGUUUUAGACAAUAUAAAGAGAAAUCUGAAACCUCAUACCCUUCGGUCCUAGAAGACCGAAGAGACUGAACUUUAAACGUCGUUCUAAAAAAAUCCUUCUCAACGUAGGCAACUUGCAGAAGGAGAGAUGAGCCAGCUGUUAGAGUUUCAUCACCCCCUUACGAGCCACCGAGCCUGUGCAACGCUCCUUCUUUACCCCAAAGACAGCAACAGCCCCAAAACACUUUGAAGUACACUCAGAGUCAGAGAAGGCUGCACGUAAAAAGGUACCAAGGUGAAGAUGAUGAUUCAGAUGCUGACGGAGAUGAUGACGACGUUUUUGAAGAAGAUAAUAGCGAACAACCAAUGUACUCGGACGAAUAUCUCAGCUUUCCUCACCCAGAAGAACAGAGUCAAGGCGAGACGAGUGGUUCUUCGUUUAUUCUUUCCUCAUCCGUAGACGAAGAAACGUUUGGCGACGAGUCGCAGGAUGCAUCAGGAUAUGAACACAGUUGGUUAGUCAGUUAAUAAUGGUAAUAGGAGUGAGUGGAGUCCAAUUCGGUCUGUAAUCACACUCAUGAUUAAUCACUCGUAUGGUUACAGACCGAAUCAGACGAAUCAGUCAGGGCAGUAUAAAACUCAUCUCUAUUCUAAGAUAAGAGAGAGUUUAAGACUCUGCAUUCAUGUGACACACUGUCUGAUGAUUUUACAUUGAUUUUUUAGUACUCCUACAGACUACCAUGAGCUGGAAAAUCAGACAACACAGCGAAAAGUAAGUCCACUCAUUAAUGAUCAGUUUACUAUACAUUUUUCUUGUCUGCCCUAAAACUAACGAAAUCUAAAAAAGAGAAGAUAAUAAUAAGUUCUCCUAAUUCGGAACGCUUUUUCUAUAAAAGACUAUUUGUGAAAGCUGCCAAAUCGGUGGUUUUUCCAGGCCCUGAUGGCUGACGGCUUUAGAUUUAGAAUUGUCGUCGUAGAGUAAGGCCAGGACAACACAGCCAGGCAACAAUUUGAAUGUUGACUGAAGAUAGACACUAGGGAGCUGGGAACUUCAUCCCCUUUGUGGUUCUUCAUAUGCUUUUGUACAUUAUGCAAGCAAUUCUUUGAGCCAUUUUUGUUAGGCAAAAGUGUUAAGCAUUAUUCGAGUAAUUUAGUGGCAUAUUCGUGGGAAAUUAUUAGUUUUCUUCUCAGAGAAAGUAAAGAUUGAAACAUUUUUUUAAGGAGAAAUAUAUCCAAACUUCACUCUAAUGGGAUCAUUUUUUGCUGCAUUAAAACUAUGACUCGGCUUGCUUACAUUGUUGUCAUACCACUUGUACAUUUUUGUUAGCCUUAAACUCUCUUAAAACGCCAAGAAUCGAUAAAAAAGAAACUCUUAAUGAUGAGCUUCAUCCGAGCAUUUUAAUGACUAUUUUGAGGGCGACGGAGCAUUUUAGUGGGAAAAAUGGAGCAUUAAAGUGGAGCAUUUUAGUGAGGAAACAAUGGUAUAAUUUGCAAAAAACCUAGUUCUUCAAGUGCACAAGAGUAAGCUCCGAAGACUGAAGUUCUGUGAGACGGGGCUUACGUUUCAUGAUUUUGUUUUAGUCUUCUUGUCGGGGAAGACUACAAGGUCUAAGCAUUUGCAAAUGUGAAACACAGACAAUGUCCUGAGUAUUAAUGUGACCGGUAUUUGAACCCAUGCCGACAGCUAACCCUGCAGUACCCUCUUUCUGGCGAAUAAACCGUUACUUCUGAAUAUGUUUGUUGAAGCAUACUAAAACGUCAAGUUAAAAGUAAUAUUUUUCCCCGCAAUGCGAUUUUUUUCUUUUCCAUGUUAAAAAGGGGGUAUUUUGUACGUUGAGAAAAGAAUUUUGAAAACAACUGAUAAUUUCAAAGCGACGAUUAAGAAUUUUUUGAUUUCCUUUAUAAUUUAUUAUACUUCAAUUUAGAAGGUAAAAACAUCAAAAAUUUAUAGGGGUAAAUAGUUGCCUCGACAGUAAUUAAUUUAAUAUCUGAAUUAAACUCAGCCCUAUUCCGUGCUGAUCUUUAUUGUUUUUCAUGAAGAUUGCAGUGUCUACAUUGUCAAACAACCAGGGCGUAUGCCCAAUCAUUCAAAUGGUUUCUCUUCGCAAAAGUACUCUCUUUUAUGGAGGAUCAGGAUCAGGUAUGCUUUAAACAUACUCACGGUAUUGUGGAUGGGUGUCUCAGAGGAGAAGGUAUUGGUAGAUUAAACUAAAAAAAAAUAAAUAAAUAAAUUGGAGUGAGAUUGAAUGGAACACGCGCCAGUUGAUUGAACGGAUCUUAAGAUUUAUACCCUACUCAAUGCAACCCCCUCCGCAGAUUUUGCUAGUUGCGAAUGACCCAGUAAAUAACCUGGCAAAGGAGAAAGAGUUUGGGACCUAGAGUGAUCGAGCGCACUCUUUCAGGAGCGCAGCCUUCUAUGCGGGAAGCUCCAGGUAUGCGGAGCUCAAUCCUAGUUUCAACUUUUAUCUUUUUUAUAUAGCUUUAAGUAUAGCUUUAGGUACCUGUAAAACGGAGCACUGAAACAAAUAGGGAGGGAGGGGUAAAAUGAGCGAAUAUUCGGCCUCAGAUUUGUCCCGGUUUAAGCACUGUUGCGAGUUACCAGCAUAAAAUAAGGUCUAUACCUUUACUCUGAAGUCUUUGAUUAUUUCUGUUAUUUUAGGUAACUAAUAAUUUUUGUAUUCCUUUUAAGAAGGAGUACUAAAAGUAUGAAGAAGAGAUCAUCUCCCAGUCCAUAUCUAAGAGCUCACAUAUGCAUGUUGUGCCUCUUCUGAAGAACGGAGCCAUUUUUUGUAAAGCUCUGUGUAUGGGUUAUUUAGCGCUCACCAGCUUUCAAAAUCGCUGCGUUUAUUACAGGUUCCGAGUUCGGUAUUAAAGUGGUCGGAGGAAGAAUGUGUACAGGUGGCUUCAAUGGUGUGUAUGUCGCCAAGGUAACAGGAGGUUCCACAGCAGAGAAGUGCAUGAAAGAAGGCAAGCCAUCUAUAAUAAUCUCUCCAAUUUGCAGAAUUUGGGUGUCUGUAAAAUCUGGAACAGGCCCGGAACACCCUGGAACUUUCCCGGAACAUCCCCACAACAUCCCUAAAACACCCAAAACACCCCCGUCUACGUUUCUUGAAUUUUCAUACUUUUUCUUGUUUAAGUUUUCUAAGACCCCGCCAACAUGGAUCCGGACAAAUUUUUGAACGGACUAAACUUGUACGGAUCCGCUUUUCGUUCACAUCGUGCAAGUUUUUUGAAGGGCAAACAGUGCUGCAAGCUGUAACAGAAUUUAUCCGUACCCGUGUAAACAGGGUCUAAGUCUUCGGUUCAUGUACAGGUAUACUAUAAAGUAUGGUAUAGUAUAGUAUAUCUUUAUUGCGCCUUACUCUCCAAAGGGAGGCAUCGGUCUAGUUACAACAAAUUUAAAAAGAUAGAAAUAUGAACGGAAACAACAAAAUUAUACGGCAUAUACCAUUUCGAUAAUAAUCAUACUAUUAUAAAGGGAGUCUUCCUUGAUGUUCCUCUAUUUUAGAAAACUGUGGGAAAAAGGCAGGGAGAAUAAAAUUUUCUACCCUUUAUUAAAGCGCUUUUGCAGGUGAAAAAGUACAUCCGAUUUACACUAGGGAUCGAUACUAACUUUGUCGUAUUGUUUAAAGGUGACCAGAUUCUGGAAUGGAAUCACAGAUCAAUGGUGGAUGUAUCAUUUGAACAAGUCAGGAGUAUUAUUGCUGAUUCGCCAGAGGAAGUCAACCUCGUUGUUUGUCAUAAUACUACCAGGUAAAACAAACUGAAUGAUUUCGAACUGAUGAGGAGACACGAAUCUUUCCGAGUGCUCUUUGAGGCACUGUUAUCGCCCCAUGUAAGGGAUUUCGGAUUCCGGAAUCCGGGAAAUUUUACUUUGGGCAUCUGGUUAAUAGGGGAAAUUUUUGCUUGUGGAAUCAAGAAAACUGGGCUUUGGAAUCGGGAAUACAGCUCAUGGAAUCCUGAAUCCCACUUACGAUUGGAGUUCGCAAUCCAGUACUUGGAAUCCGGAAUCCACGGUGUGGAAUCCAGAAUCCAAGACUGUCUUGGAUUCCCUUACGUGGGGCGGGCUGUAAGCAGGCGUGAAUGUCUAAGAACACGAAACAAGUACGUUUUGAAGUUUCAAGAGCUUAGCAACUCCCGUUUCAUAGGUGAUACUUUUUCUUGGGAGAUAGUUGAGUUGAAAUUUAAAUCAAUCCUAAAACGUUUAUUCACUCGGAGAUCUCUAAAAGAAAGAUAUCAAACAGUACUUUCGAAGGAAAAAGUACGAUCAGCUGUUAUUGAUCUUAAGAAAACGUGAGAGUUGAACUUUAAAAUGAUUACCCAAGCUGUAGCCAUUUCCAUCAUUGUAAUCGAAAGCCCGUAAAGAUAUGUAGCUUUGAUCUAUGUACGGUAUUAAGAGUAAGUUUUUAAUAAACAAAGGAAACUUACAAUUAAAAUUAUUGCCCUAGGUGUUUUUAAAGGGCUAUAAUGCAAUUACAAUAUCGUAACAUAGCUCCUUUUUGUAAAAAUCCUUUUAUGUAGCUGACUUAUUACAACGAUCGUUACUAAUAAAUUUUAUGAUUGAAUCUAUACUCAAGUUUUAAGCUGUCUCGCCAGCACUCUAGAGAAACAAUGGAGAUGACCUUGCUCCAGCAAGCGAAAACACGCGGUGAGUAUGUGCUAGCAAUCAUUUAAAUCUAGCCGUAUCAGAUUUCCUAGUUGUAUACCAAGAGAAAACUAAGAUAUUUCUUACAAAGCGAGACCCGGUGGAGCACAAGAGGCGAGGCGAAUUUAUAAAUGAGUCUGAGUUAGUGUCGUUUUGGUUUUCCCAUGUUUAUGAUCGAUGUGGUUCAGUUAUAUCCUUGGUUCAAAUUUUAGUUUCCUUUGUUUAAGACUCAUUAUGAUACAGUGCCAUACCCAAAGACAGUUCGGAAUCACGCGAACGAUUGGAAUCAGGAAAGGAAAAUAUAAUUCAAACGAAGGAAGGGUUUCAAACACAAUAUAUAAAUGUCGGGUUGGUGUCUGCAGUUGAGAAGUAACAGAACUGCGACAAAACAAACUUGAUCCGGUUGAUUUUGCGGCCUUUUUAAUGGUCAAGAAACGCUUUGGCGGCGUAUUUUUUUAGUAACGGAGAAAAUAGAACUGAUCAUUGACCAUUGGCUUCAAAAUAUGGCCUCUCUCGGCCAGUACGGCAAUUCUUAAAAAGCUUUGAGAGAAUGAAGAAAAUGGCGUUUGGGGAUGAUAGGAACGUGUACAGGGCUCCACAUGGAGUCAUGGAAAGCGAUUGCAAAGGACUGGGGACGAAGCGUUAGCGGAUGGAACACUGUGUCUCGUGCUUAAUAUUCAAUAGUCCAUUUUCGAGGCCACUUUCAAAAGGAUGCUAGUGCAAAACCUAUUUUUUGAAAAUGAGUUUUAUUUGCUAGAUAGUAAAAACAAAAUUUCAUAUCAAUGGCCUCACUUUAAAACAAAGGCUUCGGGCAACUCGGAAAUGGACCAUUACUUUGAGACUUAGUCCAACAUGUCCAAAAUGGUGUCACCAUUGGUGGAUGAUUGACUGGCUAUGGAUGGAGCGUGGAAACUGAUUUGUAACUCCAAUCUAUCUAUCCCAAGAGUGUUCUCUGUAGUUUACUUUCUCUCAACAGACACCUCUUUAAGAUGGACAUCCCCUUUCCCCCCCUAAAACGGACAACUAGCCGUACAUUUGGUCUCUACUACCCCUUUAGUCACUUUCCUUGAUUCUCUGUGAAUCUGAGUCUUCCUUAUGGGGAGAAGCGUUUGGUGUUCUUAGUGUUGGUACAUAUGGUAACAGUAACCUGCUUCCCAUUGAUUUACUUAAAUUCAAUUGUUUGAAUUACAGAAAGCUUUACAGGCUGGUCACGAUGGUCACUUUCUCAGUUUAUGACUAAUGACUUCACCUCUGAAGAGGUAGGCAAGCUUUCGCGACAAUUUGUAUACAAAGGUUAGCAAACGCGGGCAACUAGCACCUGUUAAGAUAAAAGUGUCAGUUCAAGCAUCUUGUCUGGCUGUGUAUGCAUGGCCUAGUAUCUCUCCUGUUAUAAUGGACAGUGGUUGUCUGAGUAGCCCGGACUAGCUAAGCAUCAAAUUGAGCACGUUUGAAUAACUUCAACGGUGCACACGGGCAACUUUCGGCCUUCGUUUGCACCCUUAUGAUACAUCUAAGCAAAAAAUAUCUCUGUACGUGGAUUUUAAGUUUUAAAUGAAACAUUGGCCUAGUAUUCGUUUUGACUCGAGCUUCCUUUGAAACAUGUUAGACAGUGAAAGCCUCAGCUAUCUUGAUCGAAUAUCAUCCAACUCUUUUGGAUUCAACAAGAUCUAAGAUCCGUUUAAUUGAACGUCUAUUGGAAAAAAAGAACUUACAUUUAUUAUUAUUAUUAUUAUUAUUAUUAUUAUUUUAUUUCUGAUACUUACCCAGGGUGAAACUAAAAUCCAAGCAGAAAGGAACAGAGGACAAAUACUGGUAAAUAUAGAGAUUUCAUAACGAUGAGUGGUAUUUUCCUUCUCUUCUUUGGAAAGAAGUUACGUCAUAAAUCGUGUAAUUACCUUCCUCCUACCGGAACGAGAUACCAUUAACCAGCUAGGCUAGUUUUUUUUUUAAACAAUACCCACCAAACUUGUCCUUUCGGUUAGUUUAAACCAUUCGAGAGCUGAUACUCUGCACAACACUUUUAUCAAUCGCCGUAAACUAAGUUAUGGACGAUCCAAGGAAACAUAACUUCAUUGCAUCACGUGAUCUGGCAAUUUUCUGACUUUUUACAAACUCUGGAAGUUUCAUUCUCGUACUGUUCAUACCAUUGAAAUAACUUUGGUGGCUUAGGUGUCUUCUGUUCGAACCAAACACAUCAAAAAAAGCCGGGAUAAAUACAGUUAAAUCUCAAGAUUUAAGUGACCUCAAAAUCUCUAUUAUUAAUUAGCUUUUUACUCAACAAGUCAAAGAGUACGAAGACCAUCAACAAGCUUAGCCUUAAUACUUUAAUCAGUUGUUUGCUUAAAUAUCUUGUAGCUGCAGCUAUGGCAUGAUCCGAAUGGAAGCAAUAUCAUAGUCCGGGUGAUAGGUGCGAAGAGCUUAUCAUUACAAGACAAACCAAACCAGCUACCAAAUCCUUACGUGCUUAUUUACUUGCUGCCUAACAGAGAGUGAGUAUGUCAAUUCUCUACCAUACCUGGGGAAGCAGCGAGGCCGAGCAGUUAGAACCGGCUUUGGAAUUGCAAUCCGGAAGCCUGAUUUCAAAUCCCGUCCAAACUGCUUGCUGGAUGUGUUCUCGGCAGUCCCGAGUUUAACUCCUCGUUCACGCGUGUUAAAUUGUCAACUCAGGUUAAAUUCGGAUUCUUAACAAUAGAAUACAAUACAACACAAUAAGAGUUUAUUGUGGAAAUACACUUAGCUACAAUAAUGGUGUGCUUUCACAGACGGAACCGAAAUCGGGGUCUGUGAAAGCACGCCAGCUAAUUUACAGGUAUUCCACAAACACAAUAAAAGUAAGAGUUAAAAAACUAGAUAUGGAAUAUUAUAUAAUUAAAAUUGUAACAAUAAAAUCUUAAUAAGUAUAUCUUAUAUCUAAAUAAAUACUAAAUUCAAUAAAAAAGCGUCGAAAUUAUAAAAAUUGCACUAGGUCAACUUGGCUAAUGGAUCUCUUAAAAGACUUAAAAUUCGUUAUAUUUCUAAACAUGUUCGGAAUUGAAUUCCAGAGUUUCGGACCAAUAUAACGGACUGAGUUCAAGCCAUAUGUAGUAGACUUUGGCUUGGGUAGCGAGAGGAUAUAGUAACCUCUUAAAUUGUAGCUAACGUUCUUCCUAUGAACUAUCAGGUCUUGUAUACUUUUGGGCGCUAAAGAAUUGUGCACGGCAUUAAAAAUAGACAGUGUGAUUUUAAUUAAUCUUUGUUGUUUUAAAGAUGAGAGGCCUAAUGCGUUGAGAAGUUCCGAGUAGCUUGUGUACUUAUCCCUGAAAACAAACCUGAUCGCGCGCUCAUUUAACCUUUCCAAUUUGUCUGCAGCACUUUUACUACAAAAAUUCCAGGUUUAUGUUUAUUUAAAAUACAGUUGAACCUCUCUACAACAGCCACCUUGGGGACAGAAGAAAGUUGCCAUUGUAGAGAGGUGGCCGUUGUCGAGAGGUUGAAACAAGAGCGAAUGAUGUAUGGACUGUCCGCCAAAAAAAAAGGCCGUUGUGAGAGGUGGCCGCUGUGAGAGGUGGCCGCUGUGAGAGGUGGGCGCUGUGAGAGGUGGCCGCUGUGAGAGGUGGCCGUUGUGAGAGGUGGCCGCUGUGAGAGGUGGCCGCUGUGAGAGGUGGCCGUUGUGAGAGGUGGCCGCUGUGAGAGGUGGCCGUUGUGCAGAGGUGGCCGUUAGUGGAGGUUCGAAUGUACAUAUUUGUUUCUGUCCUGGUUGUGGGUGACAACGAAAACUAAAGAGUUACCAGUAAUUGUACUUCCCAUGCGUAAAGUCCUUUUUUUUACCUUUUUGUGUUAUCUCAAAGUAACCAACAGGACGAAAUUGAGAACGAACACCACGUUAAAACUUUUGAAGCCAGUAUUAACUCUCUCACUUCCCAGCUUCUUCUUGCUGAUCAUGCCCUCAUAAAGCAAGACGUAAGAGCCGGUAAUGGUGUGAAAAACGGGGAUUUGUAAAGCUUGAAAAAUUUUCAUUAUCAAGGCUUAAAAUUUAAGCACCAAGUUCUCCGCUGUAUCUCACAGUGUUCGUCAGCAAAGUUAACCUGAGAAGUCGGAAGCUAUGUUGCAUAACUUUUUUGCACUGUGUUGAAAAGUCUACAUUGCUAGGAAUGAGCCAUUUUAGCCUUAAUAGUAUAUAACCUUUUCUAUGGCACAAGGUAAUAAUCAGAAUAAUAUCUAAGAGUGAUAGCCUUUGACUUUCUCAAUCUCUUUUUAGGAUAUCAAGUCGAUUUAAAACCAACACAGACCCACAAACGGUAACUCCAAACUGGGAUCUAAGUUUUAUCUUUUCAAAUAUUCCAAGUGAUGAGGUGAGGAAAAUCGUAGUGAGUUCCUAGCCCAAUUUAGUAAAACUUCUACAAGUGUAAUUCACAAGUGUGGCUAAAAUAGAGGGUAAAAAAGCAGAUGCGCCAAAUACAUGUAGGUCCUAUUCAAUACAUAUUUCAACUGACAAAAUGGCGAUGAAACUGUUUUUUUUUUUUCAGUCUUGAGAUCCUUCUUAGACCAUAUUUAGGUAUAAAUAUGAUAUAGCACAUUAACAGAACAAUUUUUGUGACGUCAUAGGCAAAACGUCAUGAUCAGAAAAGUAGGGAAAGGUAAAAGCAGGGGGGGGGGAAGCUACUUCCCAUACAUUCUCUUAAGGUGGCUCCUUAGAGUAUUUACUAAUAAUCCGAGCUAUCAAGCAUACGUUACAGAAGGAAAUCUAGUUACUUUGUCUUUGCGAUUUUGUUCACGAGAUUCACCGCUAAGGUUACCCAUAUAAGAAGGCUCCUUUAUCAAGUUUCAUUUUCUGGAUUAAGGCCGUUGCCAUGGAAACAUCGCAUCCUUAAACAGGCAGUAAUUUUGUCAUUUUUGCCCAUUUUUCCUUGAUAUUUCUAAUUUCCCGCGGUGAAAUGUCUUUAAACUUUGCCACUUUAUAUUAACGAUAUUGCUUAACAUUUUAAAGUGGAAAAACAUGGGGUCGUUAAGACGGUUUUGCCAAUAUUUUGAAGUUUGUAAUUUUUCUUAAUAGAGGAGUUUAGUUCUUACAGAUUUUGACAAAAAAAUGACAGUACAAAGGUACUGCGACUGUUAAGAAAUGAGGCGAUUUUUAAAAUAAUUUACCGAAGGAAACGCGAGAAAUUAACGGUUAAUUAACUGCGCUAACGUCACAAAAAUCCGAAAACACGCGUGGUUUGGGGUCGUGUGAGCAAAAUACGCGCGCGAACCAUCACGCCCGCAUGCGCAUAAUGCAUAAAGCUACUGAAAACAUGUGGUUUCUUUGAAGAGUACGAAAGCCAUUUUUUGGAAGCCGUUUAUUAGUAUCAUUACGGUGAUAUCUCGCCACUUGAAAAAGGAGGGAUAGCGGAUUCAAUUUUAUACCUAACACAGGAUGUUUUCUUCGAAGUACUUGACUAUUGUAGCUAAAAUUCGAAGCGUGGUGGUCACUCGUGAGGAUGGCGAUCGUCGGCGAUGAAGACGGUGGUUGUGCAAGGAUCGCAAUAAACCCUUCAUUUCCUAAUCUGCUGUACACUGUUUGCAGAUCUUCAAAUGUUAGCCCACUUCCGGAUACUUUUCAGCCUUGUUCUUCUUUAGGGAUAAUUUCGACGGCGAAGUUUUUCUUUUAAAGUCUGCUGUAAAAGAUGGCGCCGAUCUAUAAAUCGUAUAUCAUGUCCUCAGCUACAUGUACAAGACCGUAGGUCUCGACGGACAACUAUUGCUUUCGUCAAGGGUCAAUCUGUGAGUAAAAAUUAUUUCUCGUUGUGCAAAAACCUUGUCCAUUUACUUCGACUAUUUCGACUAGCGAAAGAAUUGAUGUCUUCGGAAAAUUUCUGCUUUGUUUUUACAUACAACUUACUCGUUUGGAGAUCGAUAGUGACUUGUAACUGGUGUAACAUUGUCUCCUCUCAUAAAUGUUUGACCUACACUAAUCAAACUUUUUGCACAAUGAGCUUCAAUAGAAAGUUAAUAAAGUUUUUUGGGGGGAAUAUUUCAAAUGAGAGGCCAUGUUUGUUUUAAUUUUUGCGUGGACGUCGCGCGGAUUUUAAAGCUCGCGCCAUACUAGUGCUCAGGCUGCGCACGGCCAAUUUACUCUAGGGAGCCACCUUAAAUGAAAUCCAAACGAUGUUCUCACAACUUGCAAAGCGAUCAGCAAGCUUCUUGCCAGCGGAUUUGUGUACUGAUCAUGCGCAUUACGUCAAAAACCAUAAAUCAACGGUCUUGAGAAGAAACAAAAGCAUGGCGGUCGAAGGCGGGACUGUUUCUCACUAUUAUAUUUUGGUAAUUCGCAAUUUUAUUGAUUUUACGUCGCUUUUCAGACAUAGUGUGUGGUUUUCUUUUUCUGUUAUGAAACUAAGUCAGAAGCCUUAUUAUUAUCUAAACAAAGAUUCAUUGGUCCAUUGUUGCCUUUGAAGUAUGGUGAAAAAUUUAUUGAAUUAAAAUCAUCAUGUAAAUGUCUAGGAGUAACUAUAGACAGUAAUCUUUCUUGGCAAGAACACACUAAAAGUCUGUUAAAAUCUUUUAAUAAGAAAAUAGCAGUCCUCAGAAGAAUUAAAUUCUUGCCAUCAUCCAUUCUACAGACCAUUUAUUUUUGGACUGUACUUCCAAGUGUCUUAUACGGAAUACUAGUAUGGGGUUCCUGCUCACCUGCACUAAUGGAUGAUCUUGAGCGUGCUCAUAUACGAGCUUCUAAACUUAUUUUUAAACUUUCAAGGGAUUCGAAUGCUGAUCAAUUAAAUAAAUUGAAAGGCUGGAAGAAUUUAUCAUUUUACUAUACUAAGAGACUGUUAGUAGAAGCGUAUAAAUCCUACUAUAGAUGCAAUACCAAUGUUUUAAAUGAUCUAGUAAUGUUAAAACAAUCAUCUCACUGCCUAAGGAAAUCAAUGAAUAUUGAAUUUCCAAGUCCCAAAUCAGAAAUUGGCAGGCUGACUUUUAAGCAUAGAGCUGCCAUUGCUUGAAACUCACUUCCUGAUUCGAUCAAAAAGUCUUCUAGCUUAGAAUGUUUUAAAAAAAGACUUAGAUCUAGCAAGGACUUAAUUAAUUCUAUAAGCCAUAAUAAGGAAUCUUCCAUGAUAAGAAAUAGGAAUGAGGAAUUUCUUUAUUAAUCUUAUUUAUAUUUGUAUUGUUAUUAUUAUUUAUUAUUUAACUUCUGUUGAUUUUCUAUUUAUUCACAUGUAUAUACUUUAGUUUUUUAACAAGUAGAUAGGCAGGUCCACAUCAGGACUUCAGUCUUGCGUAUUCUGUAACCUGCGUUACCAAAUAAACUAUGUAUGUAUGUAACAUAAUUAGCUCCGUAUAGCUGAUAAGAAUCGCCGAAGAGUUGAGAUAUCGAGCAAUGUUUUGCUGCAAACCUUAGGAAAGUUAAAGUCGCUUCAAGGUACAGAGCUUUCAGUAGUAGUUGUAAUUUGUUCAUUAGGAUCGUUUUGAAUUUUAACGUUGGAUUCAAGGUGUUGACUGAUCGUAAUAAACGAAGUGAAAUGUUAUGAAGACAGAAGUGUGGAUGUUUAUUCAGUUGUGAUAUGUAGAGCUGUAAACUCAUAUUCAUAAAGCUCUCUGAAUAUACUUGCUUCCGAUAAAUUUGACACUUUCUCCAGUAAUUGUUAUCAGCAUCAAGGUAUCAUUGCCCUGCAAAAACAAUGUAACCUAUAAAUCGAUCGAGCGCGUUGUUGUUGGUCAAGAUCUAUUAAACACAGCUGCAUUUUAGUUUUCCCCGCAAUUUCAGUAGUGAAAGACAAAGACGAUAUGCAAGAAAAGCAGAGAUGCAUGAUAUUAUUUUUUUCAAUUUUUUAAGCAUUUCUGAUUUCCUCUGCCGGUUCGCUUCUUGCUUCUAAAAAGUCUAAAAAUAUUUACUGUGGGAAAAAGUGCAAUUAUCCGCUGACCAGCACGCCGGGUGACCGCUUUGCAAGUUGUGAGAACAUCGUUUCUCGGUCCCAGACCUCGUCUCCUCCCCCCCUGGGUAAAAGUUUAAUAACUGUCGAUUUCUACAUCUUUCUACAUAUCAAGCCAUUUACGUUUAAUUUCAAAAAGACAUUAAAAUGUAAGUUUCACUCCAUUUUUACAGGGACUUUCCUUUAAAGAAUAUGGCCUAACUGGGGUAUUCACUCCCUUAUCUUUGUUUUUUCUGGAUUGGACAUUAAAAGAUACUGAGUUCUGCAAGUAUUUUUAAGCUUUCUCUCAGGACAUUGGAAGUAACUUUAUGGAGUGAAGAUCAGGCAAGGAGUCACACAUUUCUCGGAGAGGUAUCUAUAUUGCAUGGGCCCACAAUGUAAACUACUGGGCUACGCAGUAAUUGUGUAAGCCAUUAGAGUUUUAUUUAUUUAUUUAUUCGCUAGGCAACGUAUUACGACAGGUUAAGGAAGGAUAAUUUUGUUUCAAAGACGGUGAUUUGUAUUUUCCAUUUUUUUUGUUUUUGUUCUGGAGCUAAGGGCGUCCUUUUAAUUCAAAGAUGUUUUGUGAAAUACACUUCUGUAGGAGCUAGGGUUACGUGACCUGUUGGCGCAAAUACCAGUCUUGUGACGGUUCGUUCGAUUAUUAAAAGUCUAAUUCUUAUUACAUAGUUAGCUGCUUACAGAAGCAGGAGAAAUCAAAAAUUUCUUCAAACAUAUUUCAUCUACUUCUAGUCUUGGCAAAAAAGCCUUCUUUCGCAACGUAGCAAUUUAAACAUUUCAUAUAGUCAUAACGGUUCUGCUCCACGUAAACCUCGCUCUCUUACCUUCUUGCAGGUCCUUAUCAGCCUUACACCAGAGCUUUUGCAAAGUGGAGCCCAGUGCAUGUGGUAUGACCUUGUGGAUCACGAUGAUUCUUCCUUCUCUUUCCCGGUACCAAUGCCUCGUAGACACUCCCUGAGCGAACCAGUCCUUGAACAAGAAGGUACAUCAUAUAAGCCCCCCUCCCAGUUAUAGACCUAUCUCACCGCCUGUAAGACAAUAAAUACAUCCGAUUAUAAAUUUCCCCCUCCCCCCGAUUCAGCUCCCCUCUAGUUUUCCUUUUCUUGGAUUUGACUUAUUAUCCAAAACAUAUUUUGAUCGGCUCCAAGAGCCCCAUAAACCCUCCUAAAACCCCUUACGAAGAAGGAAAUGCCCAGGGCUUAUAAGCGGCAGUUUACGGUAUUCUUAUAAUGGUUACCUGGAUUUGUCUUUUAAUUACAGAGAUAUAGGGAGCGAGACUAAACGAGACUACCUUUGUUUUUCUCUAUUCUUUAAUCUGUACCAUCUUCAAGUUUCUAUAAAUAUCACAAAAUCAUAAGACAUAAAUAUCGCCAUGAUCACCAUCUUCUACUUCAUAAUCAUCAUUACUGCCGUCAUAAUUGAUAACGGUAUUACCAUAUUAAACGUCAUUAUUAUCAUAAUCAUUCCGGCUUAUUAUUCAUCAAAAUAUCAAUAAUAAUAGCAAUAAUAUCAAUACGAGUGAUGUCAAUCGUAGUGGUAUUGGCCGAAAGAGGGACACACAGGCAAGUGUUGCGUUACCUUAGCUGUUUAGACUGACAGUGUAGAGCUGGAAAAAAUAGCGCUUGAGUGACGCGAAGGCGAAAAAGUUGUAUUACUGCCUCAAAAACAUACCAAGAAUGCGCAAAACACCACUCGGCGGAUGAACACUGCUUUAACAUGGUUAAAACAUGUAUCAAAAUAUAUCAAAUUUGUUUUGAAUCAAUGUAUAACUUUUCAUAAACUGGGCUGCUUCAAGGCAAGCCUAGUUUAUAAAAUGAGUAGAUUUCUCCGUCAAAAAAUGAGCACUAUCACAGCAAUUAUAAACCCAGUAACCCAGAGGGUAAUGCGUGAUCCAUGAAGCAUGUUUGUCCAUCUCCGCAGAGUCUGUUUAAAGGUUGAUUUUUUUCUGUUUAAUGCAACACACGGUUUUUUGGAGAUCUAAAUUUCGGAUUAGAAUAAAGAGGACUCAUCCGACAAGAAGAGGAACUUUGAGAAUUUCGCUCACAAGUUCAUCUUAUAGCCUCAUUGGCAAGAGGACAUAUAAGCGGCGAAGCUUCGAGAAUGCAGAUCUUCAGCGGGAGCUUCAAUUACCAACUUGAGAGAAAUAGAGUACUAUUAGGCAAGUUACCUACUAGUACAAGGUUUGCAUUGGUGACCUAGCAUCUUUGAGCUUACAGUUGUUCUCAAUGUGGCCCAGAGUUUUUGCUCUUGCUUGUAUCUGUAUCAUUAAAUCUGUGCGUGUUCGAGUGUUAUGCUUCUCCUAAUUUCUGUGUCUCCCCUAUUCAACAAUGACGCUUGAUGUUAGCAUUAGCGUGUUUUGAUAAACUUUGAAAGUUCACAGCUCGCUUUAACAUGUAUACCAUUUUAUUGAGGUGUAAACUAAAACCCGAACAAAACUUUCGAAACCCGGAAACAUUCUAAAUUCCUGUUGCAGAAUUACAGACUUGUGAAAUACAUAUCUGCAGAAUUAACAAGGUACAUUCUUUUAAAACAGGCAAGACCAGGGUGGAAACAGCCGACAACGUAAGGACAUACAGCAGGUCUGGUAGAGAUGUGUCUGCGCGCAGUGUAAGCUCAAUAGAUCUCUCACCUAGGCGGGAUUCACAUGUUUGCAGUGAGAACAGUCCACCUGACUUAACGCUUCAUCACACAAGAAAACGGCGAGCGGUGGUAAAAGAAGAUAACCUCUGCCCAAGAUCAGAAUUCCGUGAUGUAGGGAUUGAGGAAAGCAACAAGAAGAACAACAAGAAAAAACACCAAGGUGAAAGAAAAAUAAAAGCCUUUGAAUGCUUUAUUGUGUGUGUGCAUGUGUGUGUGUUAAGGGAGAACUUCAAACAGAAUUUAUCAAAAAAAAGAAAAAACAUACACGCACAACAAACACUGACCUGAUUUUGCAAUUUGCACGCUUCAAAGGCUGGUAUUCUGUAAUCCGGCUAAAAUGGCCAGCGAAGAAGGUCGUGGAUGACAGCCAUUAUAAGAAAACAAGUCGCCAACGAUCGUAGCGAUCUCCGUUGAGGAUGGCUUGUGGUAUAAUCGCUGCGACCAUGCAGAUCAUUCUUCAGCGAUUGUAGCUUUCACGUGGAACCAGGCAGUAGUACAUUUGUAGUAGUAGUGUAGGGAUGAAAUUAACCUUUUAGGAGGCAACCCCUCAUUAAAUGAAAAAGGUGAAGAGGUAUGUUAUCAAGACAAAGUUAUGCCAUUUUAUAUUUGUGAGUUGUACCUAGUAUACCGUUGUAACUGGUUUGACAGCUUAAUUGUUCACGAUCAAGUAAUCAAAAGCGGCUUUCUUGCGGAGCUUUACACGCGCGCGCGCGCGCGCGAGCGGAGCCACAUAGCUAAGAAACAGGGCGGAUGCAGGUUGGGGGGUGAAACGAGCGCGUCCGAGCAAAAAGGUGUGAUGCAGUGGACUGGGACUCUGCUUAAGAAAUGUCGCUUGUUUUCAACUUCGGUAAGGCCUUGCGAUGUGGUUUGUCCAGUACUGCCGCUGUCACUGAAUUAUGUCGGCUUGAAUUGUUUUCUUGCACUUCUUCCUGGUUCCUUUGUGCUGGUACGCUGUCUCCGAGAGGCAAAUGUUGGUAUUUUUUGCGGGAGGUUUAGUUGGAGUAGACAAACAUCUCUUUCAAAAAGUUUCUCUUAUUACUUCCAUGACUCUACCACUGAAUUAUAUUUUCGUUCUUCUACUCGCCAAUGUCGAUGUUAUUCCAAAACAAAAACAACUAAGUACUGUCUAAAACACGAAGGAAAAUCUCAUCCAUGUCAUCCAUGACAAAACUAAAAGACAGCAGAUCGUGUUUCAUAACUAGAUGACGUGUAUUUUAUAAAUGCGUGCAGCUCGUGGAAGGUGAAAUUAUGCUAAUUUCAAUCGCCACCAUCCUUCUUUUUAAUUUUGAAAAAAACAUCUCAUACGACUUUCUGUUUCUUCGAAACUUCAAAAUUAGUUUCCCCUUAGUUUUUACUGUUUACCUUGUUUUGUUUUAGAGAGAAAAACGGCGAAAAAACCUUACAACUAACCUCAAUAAAUUUUGUUUACAUGCGGUUGCCGGGUUUGCGACGCAUUGCGCGGAUCGCUAUGGCGCGUUGCACCCGAGAAGCAAAGUUUGAAGCAGUACAACGCCACUAUAUCAAAAUAUAUCAAUCUAAUUUUUUGUUAUGUUGUAUAAAAUUUAUUCCGCUUUAACAUAUGUAAAAAUUGAGGUAAAGAAGUGUUAACCUUUUGCAAACGAAACGGCGGAAGACGAUUAGGCGAUAUUUAGUGGAAGGAGGAGGUAUUCAACGCUUUCAAAUUAAACUCAAAUUUUGGCAUUAUACGACUAACAAGUUUGACUUAUAGGCAUACAGACACAAACAUAUGAAACUAUUUAUUGAUACUGUUAUGAAACAAAUUUAUCUAUUCAACAUUGUAGCCUGAAAUUACAGGGAGAAGAUAGGAUUUCCGGUUUGCAAAAUGGAAAAUUUCGCCGGCCUUCAAACCCACCGGAAGCGCGGAAAGAGCGCUCGUGCCAGUCUUACUCCGCAUCACACAUUAAAUGAAGAGCGGAGCGCUCGUUUCACCGCCCAACAUUUAUCCGCCUUGCUAAGAAAACUUGGUUACCUGUUCAUCCGUGUGGACCGUACGUCCAGACGCCCUCCCGUCCGUACUACACUGGAAAAACGUGCUAGCUAGUGUGGGAACCUGCAACAUGAUAUUACUCAUCCAUGUUGUGGUCAGUUGACAUCUGUCAAAACAGGGUAUCCGCUGACCAGUAUUACAUGACCGUAUCGCCGGCUCAUGUGUCGACCCAUCGAGGUUACGUGUUCUUUGAAGUUUACCGCUGACAAGUUUCUAAUUCUCAACUGAUCGCUGGCCCAACUCUAGUUGGAUUUCUUUAUUGCACUUUUUUUCAUUAACGCUGAGCUUCGCCUUUAGCCUCUGCUAAAUUUAUAUUAGUGUGUGAUAUCCGAGAUGCAAUUGCAGGUUCAUGGAAAAUUGUCAUAACUUUCACUCUGUUAAGUGUCAAUUGUCUUGUGUGUUUUUUUUGUUUGCUUUCAUCCAAAACAAAUGCCGAUUUGCAGGCUAAUCAGAAAAGAAUUUAAAAGCCUUCAAAUUCCGGGCUUUCCUUUUAGGUUGUAAGAAGUGGAAUUCUGCACCUUGCACACCUGCAAUGAGUGCUCAGGUAUCAACUGAAGAUUUAAGGGAGAGAAAAUCCUCAUUUCCAACCAUGCACAAAAUGCUGACUACACCAGCGUUUACCUUAUCGGAGUUCUUAUCUAAGAAUCAACUACCCGAAGCCAAGCCUGUUGAGGAAGAACUUGAACCAAAGCAUGAAGAAAAAGAAGGAAAAGUGAAAGGGGCUUUAAGGGUUAUAAAAAGGUAAAGUGUUUGUUGUUUUCUUCUGCAUGCAAUCUUGGGAUUCAAUUCACUUGCACUUUAAAAUAUGGUUCAGUAAUGUCAUUAUCCGUAAAAACAGUGUAUUUUAUACGUUGUCAAGUGGAGCGUUUCUUUCCAGCCAUUCCUACAAUCCUCGAUUAAUGAUCUUGAUUUUACCAAUCAAAUUUACUUCAAAAUUGUAAACUGAGAAUCGUUUAAGAUUCCUGAACAAUAACUCUUCCUGCCCGUAGCCACAGAUGUACAUGCUGGUUCCUAAAAAUAUUACUAAUUGGACAGCUUAUAACUUUGCUUCCCUCCGAAUGUUAUUAUGUUACGGCAAGCAAAAUAACACGCAAUACGUUUUAGAAGGAAGAAGAUGUGGGAUGUGAACUGCGGAAAUUCUAAUUUAAAUGAAAAUAUUAUUGACGCAGUGGUAAUUGCAAUUUAAGCAAUUGCAAAUUACCGUAAAUCCUCUCUGAUUAACUCGCCCGGGGGACUUAUUUAUUUCAAACACGUUUGGGGGGGCUUAAUACAGACGGGGGGCUUAUUUAAUUUAGCGAAGAUGGUGGUAUCAGCUCUCCAUAAAAAAACUAGAAUGCAAAUUGGCAAGCUCAAGUACAAGAAGUUGGAGGUCAUGCAGCCAAGGGUCAAAAACAAAUCCGAACUUCCAACACGCGAAUAAACCAUCUCGGAUUAGUCCAAAUGAAGUUUUUAACGAUCGUGAUUGAUUCACAAAGUCUAUCAUUUAUUAGUGAAGAAUAUUAAGGAGAAGGGGAGGGGGCUUAAAAGAGAGGAGGGCGUAUCAACCUUCUUCUCCUAAAAAGGCAUAUUAGAGUGGGGGGCUAAUUUGAGAGAGGGGGCUUAAUAGAGGAUUUACGGUAACCCGAAAAAAAUUUUGGGACUUCAAGGAGAUUCGAACCCAUGCAUGGCCUCUGCGUUAGCGGUACAGUGCUCUACCAACUGAGCUAUGAAGACUGAUACAUCGAGAGCAGGCCAGCUUCUUUAGUUCAGCUUAACCCUUAAAAGGACUGAAGCAUAUUAAAAUGAAAGGUCUUCAGAGUUCAGUUGGCAGUGCAGCACUAACGCAGAGGCCGUGGUUUCGAAUCCUGUUGAAGUCGCGAAAUAUUUUCGGGUUAAUUUGCAAUUGUUUAAAUUGCAACUACCACUGCGACGAUCAUAUCUUCAUUUAUUUCAGUUGCUCACGGUUUUCUGAGUUUGACAGCAAUUUAAUGAGCCAGAACAGGAUCCUAACGUUUUGGGACUUGAAGUUGAUGCUUACAAAAAGAGAUUUAGACUCUUUUUAGUUACAGUACUAUCCCGUAUUCUCUGUUUACUAGGUGUCCAGGAAAUCUGCGAAUUCGCUUAGGUAAAUUGGCUGAGAGAAACCCUACUAGAGGAGUUGACGAAGAAACUGGAGCAUGUGGACCAUUGUCUCCCUUCUGUCUUGGUGGUAACGUAAUUUUUUUUCCUUUUUUUCUGGCUGAUUGCUCAUGGCCACGAGCAAAUUGGUUUUGUCAAGGAAAACGCAGUACGUAUAGAGUACUAAAGUGUGACGUCAUAAAAAUGAAAUUUCUGAAAUUAUGGGAUUUGUCAGGAUAUUCUGAAAGAACAAGAGACCUACUUGCCAAAAAUGAGCAUUUCCUGCAAAUUGUCUCUGAGAUCGUAGCCCAUGGCCAAUUUGUUUGGGGUCGACCCAAAAAAAAUUAGAAGGAUUUGUAUGGAAUUUUCUGAGUAUAACCGGCUAACAUCUCAGAGACAAUUUGCCCCGAAAUGCUCAUUUUUGGCAAGUAGGCCUCUUGGACAUUGUUCUUUCAGAAUAUCCUGACAAAUCCCAUAAUUUCAGAAAUUUCAUUUUUAUGACGUCAUCACUUCAGUACUCUAUACCGACCAGCUUUAGCAGCCUACAUGGCAAAACCGAACUAACUUCAGGGGCACCCAACGACGGUUUCCUCCUAAAUACAUUGAAAAGUCUUUUCAGGCUAUCUAGAGCACUUUUAGAUCUCCAGAAGUGCAAUCUAAGCGGCGCUAUAAAAUUUGCAUCUGUUUGGUCAUCCUAAGGCAACUUGAGUGUUUUCGAAAUGAAAAGAGCUUCCAAUCAGUAUUAUUUUCAGAAAAUCUUAGAUGCAAUCUAUUAAAGUUUUUUGAAAGUCAAAAUUUUUCUGAUUUCUCUCUACUUUAGAUUUUCGAAUCCGAAAAAGUUAGGUCUCUUUUUCCUCAGAAAAAGCUUAACCUGAGGAGUAAAAUGCGAAAAAUCAAACGUAAGAAAAUCGUCGGAAUUUAUUAGAUAAGCUACAAAACUGUAAAUGAAUGGAAAGUGAUAGAAAAUUCUGAGUAAUUCUUGCUUCUCCGAACAGAUAUUUUACAAAAAACAGUAGUGGGGUUCCCUUGUUACUUCCAUAGAUUCUUUAAAGUUGUUUGGUUAAACUUUGAAAGUUUUCUUCCACGAUAUCAGCUCAGACAUUCAUUCAUUUUUAAUUACUUCUCUCUUUAUCCAUCUGUCACUGUUCCAUUCAUCGCUCUCUCUUUCAACUCGGUGUUGCAUAAAGCAGAGGCAUAGCUAGCCUAGGAUUUUUAACUGAGUUUUCUAAAUCAACCUUUAAACGUCCCCCAAAUCGUCUCCAUUUGCAGCCUGAAUUUCAGACGAUUACUUCGUGUCGUUUUUACUCCCUCAUUAACGUCUGAAUCGACCGGCAGUUAAUGCCUUCCAGUGACGUCACUAUUCCUUUGUUAGUAAAACACGAUUUUCAACUGGCAAACGAAGAAAUAUUGUACGGAAGUGUCUACAUGAUACAGAAUACCUUUACUCUUUUUAAUCGUAAUUCAUGUUUAACAUUUAACUGUCAACUACAUGCAGUACUCUUAACAAAUCUGUUGUAAUUAAUAGUCAAACUUGAUCGCAAUCACGCAAUGAAAUAAGCUUAAAUACACACACGGAACACUUCAAAGACAACAAUUUGUUUUAAUUGAAAAGAACUGGUCGUUAACGAAGAAGGAAGAAAACAAGAAAGAAAGCUAACAGAACUAUUACACUUGACAGUGGAAAUGACAAGAAGGUCGAAAAAAAGAACUGAAAUCCCAGACAACUUUGCACAAACAAAAGCAAAGUCACUGCCGAAACCACAAAAAGGCUUUAAAUGAAAACCUACCUAUUCUCCGCAGUGACUCUUCAUUCGUAGUUCAAUUUAAUAAUUCAUAGUUUCGAAGACAUUGGCAAUUUUGCUAAUUACGAUAAACAUCACAGCCAUGUGAUGUUGUAUUUAUUAUAUAAACACCAAUGAACUACCAAACUAUUUCACUUUAAUAGUGUUUGGUGUGAAAGGCGUGAUUUAUUAUGUAGCUCACAAAUAAAACAUGAUUUUAAAUUCUAUCCUAAAUUUAACUGGAGCCAGUGAAAUGAAUAUAAAACUGGACAAUAAAACUGGUGUCCUUGUUUUCCUCCUUUAUUUCCUAUUAUAGUUCCUAUAGGAUAUAACUCUGCACCUACGACACCAAGUCGGUCGACAUCGACGGAAAACUUGGCUCGGGAACGUUCCCGAACCACCUACAGCGACUAUUUGCAAGUCCCUCCCAGUCCAGGAAUCUUUACAAGACAAAUUUCAAAACGACUCUCCGGGGAAGUACCUCAGUCUCCAUUCGUAACAAGGUAGGUCACGUUUCACCAUUAUUACUGACAGUAACUUUCAAACUGGAGUAGGUAUCGAGCUCCAGAGCUUCUUAGCUAUACAUACACCGGGGAGAAGGGAUCUGUCCUACCAACUUUAAAAAUAUAUUUAUCUUUGAAACCCUUCAUGCUCUUUCUAGAACUAGGAUAUGUCUGCCAGUGGGUACAUUCUUUUCUUAGCACGUAAGCUUCUUUGAAGCUAAUAUAGCCUGUGAUCAUGCUCUCCCAAAAUCUUUAUUAAGACGUAACUUUUAGCCUUGUACUCAUGUUAAGGUGUUUCGAUAUAGUUUUUCACAGGCCAUACCGAUAUUUUUCAAUCGCUUUAAAAGUGAUUUUAUUCUUGUCUGAUUCUUUAAAAUUUUCACUAAUGAUUAACUAUAGAUUGAAAUUUGUCAAAAUGUAGGUUUUAGUAAAAUCAUUAUUACUAUGACAACAAUAUACAAAAAAACAUUGAAAUUGAUAAACGGCUAAUUUUGCGCGAUUUAGACCAGCUACUGAAAAUCCAACAUUACGAACUUAAGGUUUGGUGAUCAGCUAAUAAUCUCCGUAAGAAUUAAAAAAUUCUGUAUGUUUGAAUUCGACUAAAGCGAAAAUAUAUUUCAAACCUUAAAUUUUCAAUAGCCGUGCAAAAACGUUAAAAUGACUCAAAUUAUUCUUAAGUAGCGUCAGGAUACUGCUUAUAUUAAUAACAUAUUUUGAUGCUCGGAAGUUUUGGUGUAUUAUCGUAACCCGUUUUCUCACCACCUGUAUAAGUGCAACUUCAUACAAAAUUUGGACUUAAAGCCCUUUUUUGUAUAUCUCUGAAACGACUCGAACGAAUUUUUUGAAAAUCUCUUCACACAAUCUCCAUAAUGUAUAUAAUAAUGUCUGAAACUUUCAUUAAGAUUGAUUCACUGCUACACCUUGAAAUUUCAAGACAAACCUAUCAUACUUACCGGUCAAAACUCUGCGCAACAACAUUUACUGUUUUGACGUUACGCUAAUUUUUCCAAAAUAAUGCGCACUAUACAUACCUCCAUGACUUGUACAUUUUAGUUUGAAUUUAUCGCAUCUUUUGAAUGUAAAACAUUGAAAAUACUCACGCUGAAAUGUACUACUCAUGCUGUCUAAAUUUUUUAUUGCAUGCCGCUAAGAAAAAUAAUGACGCAGCCAAAUUUUUUGCGUCUUUGAAGCAAAAUAUUUCGGAAGGCUUCAUUGGCGCACCAUAAAUCUUUGCUCGUUGGCACUUAGCGAUAGCUAUAACUAGUUAUAAGAAAUAAACGCUCCAUGACUAUUGAAAUUUUGGGAAUUUAAACGCGACUUAGAUUACUUUCGACUAAAGGAAAGUAACACGAAAGAGAGGGAGGGUAACAUCAAUUUUCAAAAUGAAGGAAAUUAACGCGACGUUCACAAAGGAACAAAACUUGUUGAAACAACAGAUACAAAGUUAAACGUAAAACUCGUAAAGGAAACUUUGUACGUGGUGGUUCUUUCCAUAAACGUACAAUGGGGUCAUAAGCGAAGAAAUCUGGCCACUUCGAGGGUUCUUCACUGUUCCGAACCGAUACUGGCGGAUCUCCACCCUGAUAAAAAAUUCUUCCCUUUUUUAGGAGUCAAGUAUUUCAAUAGUGUAUCGAGAAUUUGGGGCCAAAAUAUAAUGGAAAUAAACGUCGCGGAAAUUAACGCUUCACAUAAUUAAUGGCGCGUUUACUGAAAUUAACGCGAAUUGGUGAAAUUCCCGUUAAUUUCACAAAGCGUUUAAGGUAACUACAGUGAUUUGGUAGUGCUUUACGCGAGAUAUUCAAAUAAAGUCCUAGAACUUAACACAUUUUACCUAGAGUAUAAACCUAAACCUGGUCAAUCAUUAAUAUCACUAGUACUAAUUUAAGCUUUCGCUGAACUUUUCAGACCAAAUGAAGGCCACUUUUUCUUUAACACUGGAGGGAAAAAAAGGGCUUCUUCGAUUUCGCCUCGAAGAAGUCCCGAACCCUUGCAGACGCCAAUACCGGAAGUUAGAGAGAAGCCUGAGUAAGCCAUUCUAUUUUAUUUUUUUGCAAUUUCUCAAACACAUUUAUUACCGUUUUUGUUGUUUUAAUAGCAGUUGUAGCUAAAGUUACGGGAAUAAUUAUUUUUUUUGUUGGAGAAGGGGUGUUCGAGAUUAAAAGUUAAAAUUAAAAGAUACCAGUCAGUCGAUUCUGACAAGUAUUUCUUGGGAUUUCAUGAUUCAAUUUAGAAUUUUGGGGGUGCAAAAUUUCUACUAACAAUAAAUUUAAAUUUACUGACAUCUAGAAUAUACAAGAGAGGUGUAUACGAUACUUUUCGUAUUACUAAUGUGACGAAAUAGAAAAGGUUGUUGGUGCCUAUGACCUUCUCAAGCCAUGCACGAAUUGAAUAGGAAUGUGUUACUGCCACCAAGCCAAGUAACAGCUUCUUCAUGUAUCAGAUUCUCAGACUAACUUAAAAUGAGGCAUUUUUGUGAAACUGAGAUCAAGCAUGAUAUGCCAUUUCAUACCAGGUUACAAUUCAGUUAUCCCGGAACGAAACCUUGUGAUGAGGCUGAACAAGAAUCUAGUUUGGAGGAAAGCUCGCAGCUUAGUGUUACUGAAAAGGAGAACUUUAUUAAAGAGGAAGGUUUGCGUGUGUUUUUUUAGUUCUUCUUGAUGUUAUCAAAUUCUUUGAAGCGUGGUUUUUAACUGUUUGCACAUACUUUACGUACUGUUUAAAAAACGAACAGGAGACCGAGUGUAAAAACUCACGAGAAGCCGAGAGUUAUCAAACCUGAUAAUAAACACGACUGCGCGAGUUUUUUGAACGCAUUCCAAAUCUCUGAUAUAGAUCAACUCAUUCUUGCACUAAUAUUUAGAUUUGAGGUUAUUUUGUUGCAAAAAGCUGGACGUGAAGUUUAUCCGUGUCUUUAUUAGAGAUAAAGAUACUCAUUAAACAUGAAUUUCUUUUUUUUAUGAAUGAUUAAUGAGUUUUUGAACUCUCCUUAGAGCAAUCUCAUGCUGCUGAUGAUGUUUCUCAGUUUAAUCCCGGACUCGAAGAUGUUGGUAUCGAUGUUGAUUUUGAUAUUGACGCGGAAAAUCAAGAAUCAGCGGUUGCUUCUAUGAAGUAAGUACCAUACACCGUUAUUCUUCUGAAUGACUGAAAUAUAGUGUAAGGUUUGGUACAGAGAUAAACUCCAAGGGUGCUUUCCAUUUGUCAGAACUGACGGGCCAGAGCAUUCCUGUCGCACUGAUAAUUUCCUUUCAAUCAGAACUCUCCAGCCAGAUCGGUCAAAUCCUAAAUAGUAUGCGCAAGGGAAAUGAUUUUUUGGCAAAAUCUCUUUGAAAAAGCCGAUUUCAUUUGCUAACUGACUGGUCCGGCCAUGGAAAGCGCCCUAAAAGUUGCCUUCGAGUAAUGGCCUGUACAUUUUUGCACUCGGCGGCCGCUUGCAAUUAUCUAGUUCACCGAGCUACCCUUCUACGAGGGUCGGAACGUCAAACGCUGAACGGCCCUUAAUUUUGACCGUCAGCGGUCGAAAAAGGUACUUUUUUACCAUCAACCGUGAAAAAUGCAGAUUAACAUCAACCGUCAAAAAGUUUCAAGGUAUUUCAAUUCAAAUCUCACUAUUUCAGCUGAUCUCCACUGAAUUCAUUGGAACGCACGUAAGACACCCCUUUGAGGAUGCACAAUUUACUGGGUCCGGGUGUUGUGUCGAAAUUCGAUAGGGGAUUUUUUGGGGGAAGGUGUUCUGGAAACCAUUGGUCUGGAAAUUGUUCUUUGUCUUUUCAAUCUUUUGCAUAACGUCAUUUGCUUGGUAAACGCACCGAACCGCAACAUCGAGAAACUACCAAGAAAUGUCCUAAUUUUAUCCAAUCCCGUGGUAGGUCACCGCCAAAUAUAACAAUUAUUCACCGAAGUAGAGGUGGCUAGUGGCCAGACCCACUAGCCACCUCUACUUCGACACUGCAUCAAGUGGAUGAUUGUUUUAGUAUAUACCAAAAUAGUGAGAUAAUUGAACCAAAAAUGAUAAUUUUUAACUCAUUGAUUGCUGCCAACGAUUACAAUUUUGGCACGCAUGUGAUCGAAUGGCCAUCAUGUCAGUUUCUUGCCGAUAAGUGACCUUUUUAAGGCACUAGUUUAGCUGUUGCAGGGACAUUUCUAUGAGAAAAGUUGUAAAUUCUUUCCAUGUUUGAAACCAUUCUGUAAAAAAGAAAACAUUUCAUUGGGUUAUUUAUAAACUUGUCAGCUAAAUAACGUAACGCAAGACUUGAUAUGCAUCAGUAAACAAGAAACGUUCUCACCGGCUUCAUCGAUAAAUUCACGGGUUGAACAGACAAAGCUCUCUAAACCUGUAAAACUGCCUAACCGGAUUUCGUCGCCUUCUUCAUGUUUUUCGGGGACAGUUUCUUCGUUUAUUUGUGAAAUUUCUUCGUUUGUUAAUUAUAGGCUUACGCCGGUGUAAAGUAAUUUAUUACUCACAGCUGACGUAAACAAAGUAAAAAAAACAUCCUAAACAAUGAACCUAAACCUGACAACAGUCCAUGAAACAAAAAAAACGAAUAAAUUAUGUUACACAGGGGAUGACCCGUUUGUUAUCGCUGCAAACCGUUAAGCCAUUUUGCUCAUAACUUACGCGCAUUUGGCGUCUCUAGAAGUCUGGAGAUGAAUCAGUGAACAGCACUGCAUAUCUUGAGUUUGAGUAGCCAAUCAGAGCGCGCUAAAAACAGUAUUCACUGUUUUGGUAUAUACUGAAUCGAAGAGACUUAUAACCUGGCAAAAAACAUAUUGGGCUCCCCGUGUUUAAUAGCUUCUUGUACAUCUGGGCCCAGUUGCUCGAAGCAUGGUUAGCGUUAACCAGCGUUUAAUACCUUGACACCGUAUUGGUUUUGAUACUGCUUAACCAAUGGUUAAAGCUAACCAUGUUUUGAGCAACUCAGCCCUGGAAGUUAAAUAUGGCUAAUCUACUCACUUUUCGCCGGAUGUGUUUGGUUUUUAGAUCAAGCAUCGCGAGUAUCCAGAGUCAACCGAGGAUGAUGAUUCCUCGUAUUGCCAUACACCGCUCAAGUUCUCCCAUUGGUUUAUCUCAGUUCAAUCCUGAGCUGAACGAACCUGUUACUACCAAGCCGUCUGUUGAGACUCACGAGGAGCAGAAAGGAGCAAUUCGUGCUUUGAGAAAGUGAGUUAAUCAAAAAAAGUAGGGCCCAGAUAAGAGAGGUGGCCUCUGGGAAGGAGGAACCGCGGUUUCACGCCACGUAAUCUCCUGCAGAUAGGGUAUGCUGUGCAGGCUAAUCAAGCUAGUUGCGCAUGUGCACGUCAGUUGAGGAGCCUUUGAAUUAACAGUGUUUAUAUGAGAAAUAUUUUGAUCGUAGAAUCCCUGCCCCUUUAAACCCCUAAACUAGUAGUUUCCAAUGGAAAGUAAGUGCAGCGAGUAAAGCGUGGCAUUUCUAUUAAUUUGAACUUAUUACAUUGCAGUUUAUUUCUAUUGUUGAUAUUUGACAUUAACGGUUUUAAAUAACUGUGCAUGUAACGCAACACGACGCGAAUGCGAUCGAUAAAUACCGAAAUUUGAACCAAAAUAAGUGUUUGUAUCAAUCUACAUUGUAUAAACGUCCGUGAGAAUAAAUCACCGUAUUACAAGAAAUACGAAUCGCGCAAUAACCCUCGCGAAACUCGUGUUUUUUUUCAGUAACGCCCCUCAAGUUAAGCCAGGUAGGGCGGCGUUAGGAACUGAAUGGGUCAACCAUCGCGAAUAUGGUCGUGAAGGUCCUAAUUUGUUCUUUCUUUUCUUCUUCUUCUUUUUUGCGCAUUGUAAUAAAUUCUAACAUUUUGCCUUUGGCUUCUAGCGAGUGUCUUGCACCCAAAUUCCCUUCUCCUUUCCUUUCGAACGCACGCAGGCCAUAGUUACUGUUGCAAAAUUGUCCAUUUUAAACGGCUUCAUGGUAACCCUACUAUCACUGUUCUUGACAUCGCGAUGUGCAAAUACCACGACGACUCUCCCAUUUUAACUUCCAUCCCUGCAGGUCUUUUUUCCUUUCAGGUUUUCACAAGGGAUUCCCAUUUUUUUUAGCCUCAAAUUAUAGUAGCUGGUGUAGCAAGCGAGUUUUCGUGGUGUCCUAGGUCAAAUGUAAUAUCUUAAUAGUCAAUGAUGGUGGAAAAUUAUCCCUUUUUUGAAAACUAAACUUUUCAACUAUAAUUGACCUGUCUGCUGUCUCUUGUAAUCAACAUGUGUGUUUGUUUUAGUUCAUAACCAUCUUUGUGUCAUUUAAGUCUUUCUCUUUUUUAAAAGAAUAACUAGGAAACUUUUCAACUGUAUUUAACAUGUGUGCUGUUACUUGUAAUAGACUUAAUUGUUGAUUUUAUUUUAUCUGUUUUAUAGCCAUCUUUGUUCCAUUUAACCCUAAAUUUCUCCUAGGUACUCUAAACAGUUACGGCCACGUUUGAGCUUAAAACCGCAGGACAAAUUAUGUCUUUAUGGUGAUGACCCCGUGAAAGGUGCUAUUGGGCCCGGCCAAAUAAGACGAGGAAGCUGCCAAGGUACUGGCAAAAUGUAGCAGUGAUUUAUCCCUUACUGUUUCGGCUGAGAAAAGUUUUUACCCUCUCUAUUUAAAACAGGGUAUAAAAUCUUAUGCGAGCUUUUGCUAAACAGGGUCCAAGUUUUCGUAGGGAAAUAACAAAAGCUCCAAAACAAUACAAAGUAGAUAUUUACUUUUUCUUUUGACUCCUGAGCAAGAUCAAGGUCAUUUCAUAACCUUAACGGCACCCCUGCACAAAAGCCAAAACCUCAGUAUAGUACCCACCACUGCCCUAGCCUCCCACGCCGGCGUCCUUUCGGCUUCGUCACGCGUUCCUUGCCCACGAACCGCGAAAGCGCACUUCCCAGAUCUGGAAGUGUGAUGUCAUUGGUCUAUGUUUUUUACCGCUCGUUUCAGCGGACGUUUGUUGGCGAGGAUGGCGUGACUAACCAAAAUAACGUCUGCGUGGAAAGCUACCACUGCUCCGGGACUCAUUCAACUCUCAGAGCCAAAAAGGCGGACUCGUGUUUUACCAGAAAAAUACGGCGGGCCCUUCAAAAAUUUGCACGUUAUAAAACUGUUAAUUGUUAUUGAAAUAGAACGGACAAAAAGACGAGCUCGAGACACUUCUACCUAGUACCUAUUUUCGCUUGUUUUAAAAGUCGAAGGAUGUUAUACGAGAUUACAACGACGAUCUUUAGGCCAACAAUGCUGGCACAAUGUUGUUACAAUCCGAAGCAAUGUCACAACAAUGUUGCGUCGUCGUUGCCAAUUUGCCCGUGUUACUCAACUCCUCAGUUCUGUUCUAGGAAAUGAACUUGGCUACAUAAGAGUUGGAUUGUCAGCAUUACACGAUACUUUUGAAGUGGAAAUCAUUCGAGCAGUUGCACUUUUGGUUCCAGGAGACCAAUUGCCAGGUACAAAUAAUAUAACAUAGGGUAAGACCAUAUGUUUUUAAUCAGUUUAACGGGCUACAGUUUGAAGGGCCAUUCGGAGGCUGAUCUUGAGCCUGCGUCGGUUUUUUGUCGAAUUGCAUUACGUAAAUGUUUUCAAGGGACGUUAUCCCUCUUUUACCGGCUAUGAUGAAUAUACGUAAGAAACUGUGUCAAUAUUUGUCCCCAAAAAGAGUCCCUUCUUGCACUUUGAUACAGCACCGACCCUUAUUAGUGCAAUUUGACAAACCACUCACUUUUCACAGCACGAAAAAGAAAAAAGUGAGCGUAAUGGGUCUGCUUUUUAAUCAGUCAGAACGUGCCACAGUUUAAAGGGCCAUUUGGAUGCUGAGCUUGAGCCUGUGCCGGUUUUUGUCGUAUUGCAUUACGUGAAUGUUUUGGGGACGUUAUCCCUUUGUCACUUAGCAAUUAAUGAAUGAGUCUGAGUAGGAUAUGAAGAAUUAAGCAGAUCGAGGAAGGUGUUAUCCACCGAGGCCUUCGGCCUCGGUGGAUGACGGCCUCCGAGAAAAAAUUAAAUUGUUUAGAAUUAAUAAAAAAGGCCUCUCUAUAAUUAGCAUUAUCGAGCAGUUUAGUGAUUUUUUGGGGGACUACCGAGCAUUUUUUAGGGAAAAAUGGAGAAUUAAGGUGGAACAUUCUGAGUGGGGAAACAAAAAUUACAAAAUUGCCAUGGCAACGUUCAGUACGUCCACAGUGCCAAGAUGGCGUCGAGGUUUUAAAAUGUUAUGAAUUAAGAUGUCAGGACAUUAAAAAACGCUAUACAAAACCUGAACACACGAAAUAGCACGUCAAAAAGGAUUCUACAGGUUGUCGAAAAAUUCUGAAAAUCCUGAACUUUAUCCAGACUUUAAGCUCUUAACUUUUCGGUGCGUAGAUUUCUCCAUCGAUACGAUAAACAUUUCAUAAACCCUCGCGAGACUCACGAAAUUAUUAGGAUUUGGACAAAACGCGCGUGAAAUUAUGCCUUAAUUUCACUCGUUACCGUCUGAUUACACAUACUAAGAGGUGAGCGGAGGGGGGCAAGGGUGCAGAGUAGGAUUGUUCCUAUCGUAAUACGGAGGGAAGAGGGUCUUCCCCCUAUUUACGUAUUUUUUUUUCUUUUUCUUUUCUCCAAUUGUACUUAUUUUUUUAUGCGUUCAAUAGCGACACCUUACCAUUAUACCACAUUAUGACAAAAUCUAAUUUUUUCGGGUAGAUACAUACGUCAAGACCUAUUUGAUAAAAGAUCAAAGCAGCAGGCUUCUGAAGCGAAAGACGUCAAUCACUCGUCGGAGUGCCGCUCCAGUCUACAAUUGCAAAAUCAAAUAUCCUCUCCGUGAAAUUCACAACCAGGAAUUACUGGUAGGUUUCGGUGAUAUUUAAAUAAAAAAAUAACAAUAACACAAACAAAAUGAGAACGAUCAUCAUCUUAUAAAGAUGUUAUUCUUCGUGGCUUGUGUAAUUAGUUUAAAAAAAUAGGGGUCGUUUGGCCACUUUUAUCGCUGCUCUGCGCCAGUUUGUAUUAACGAUGCAUUUUGUAACAAAGGUUGCGGCAUUUGUUAACAAAUUACGCAUUUGAUAAUGAAAGGAAGCUGAGCAUUUUGUAAUCAGGGUUGCAGCAUUUGUGAUCAUCGCGUCGGUCUACGCAAUUUUUAGCAACCAAAACUGCCGCAAUUCGAAUUACAAAAUGCGUAAGUUGUUAAGUUGUUAAGUUGUUACCAAAUGUGUCCUUCAUUUUUUACAAAAUGUCUAAGAACAAUCGGACCGACCCUGUUUACUGCUAGUCUUCAUCAUAGACAACCUCUAAUGGUGUAGAUUAUAAUUAGCUGUUCUGAACUAUCAGUCAUUGUAUCGUUUUCUUUCUUUCAUUUAUUUAAGGUAAGCGUAUGGUGCAAACAAGGUAUUUUUGGUCGAAAAGUGUUACUUGGAGAAGUCCACAUUGCCUUGGGUUCAUUGAACUUAAGUAUUAAGCAAGUUGCGUGGUAUAAACUCUUUAUUGAUUGUCAUUUAAGUGACGGCGACUGA